AUGCAAAUUCAACUCAAGUCAUGUUUUCGUGAUAUUUCUCGUAAUCAUAUCGAUUUACAAUGUUUACUUGUCUUAACUUGUUUCAUAUCCAGUAGUUUUUUAAUUUAUUUAACAACCAACGACUACGCUUUAUGUUUACUAUUGGGAAUAGCUCUCAUAUUGAGUAAAUCAUUGUUUAUUGGUGGUCUAUCACUUUGUCCAAAAACCUAUUCAUUUGUCGAGUGGUUAUUACUAUCAAUCGGUUUAAGUACAUUAUUUUUAUCAAUUAAUCUUCAUUGGUGGUCAUGUUUUGAGUUUAUUUUGACAAAUCCAUUAUGUGGAAAUGAUUAUGUACUAAUAUGUGAAACAUUAGCAUUAUUUGGCUUGUUACUUUCAAUAACACAAAUCGUCUCAUCACCACAUCCAAAUAUUCAAUUUUAUACAACAUUUUUUUCAUUAUUUUUUUUUGUGUUUCUUCCACAAUCUUAUUAUUUCAUUAAUCAAAAUCCAUUCACAUGGUUAUUUGACUUUCUUAUUAUGGAACCACAUCGUGUGAGUGAGUAA